GCUCAGAAAGGUUGAGAAACUUGCCGCGCUCUCACGGCAGAGAUUCAGGUUUCCUUUGCAGCAGCUCUGACACCCACCGCUACUCCUUCACGCAUCCCUGGAACUCCCAUAGGUCGCUGCGGGACCACGGGAAGGGCAGAAAGGGCAGCGUCUGUGCAGACCACUCUGUGGUUCCUCAUGGCUGUUCCCGUCUCUCCCUUCCCUCUCCCUGGGAAAAUAUCCUCCUAGAACCUAUCCUAAGAAAGAUCUACAAUUCCUGAGCCUCAAGUGUCGCUUUGUAUAUGGAUGGAUUUUGAGACAGGGUCUCUGUAUAGUACAAAUGGGUCUCGAACCCUCGAUUUUUCUGUCUUAGACUACAAGGACACGAAGGACAGUAGUCAUUCGGAAAACCCGGCGCCUCUGCACACGGUCUGGCGGUCAGGAAUGCGGCUCGGCCCCUUUAAGUCCAGCCUGGGAACGCCCCGGGCAGGCACCACGGUUCCGGGAUCUGCAGGCUGAGAAAGCCAGUGCUGCAGCGACCUCUCGGCUCCUGUCCCCGAGGUGCCCCGCCCCGCGCGCCCGCUGCUUCUUGGAGCUGCUGGGCCUCGGCGUGGGGAAAAUGAGCCGCAUCUACCAUGACAGCGUCCUCCGCAACAAGGCGGUGCAGAGCGCGCGACUGCGCGGGGCCUGGGACCCCGCCGCCCACCAGGGGUAGGCUGUGCUGUGUCCGCCCGGCUGCUGGCCAGGGGGGAAAUGGCGUCUUGCUGGAGGGAGAGCUGGUGGAUGUAUCUCGGCACAGCAUCUUGGAUGCCCAUGGCAGGAAGGAGCGCUACUAUGUGCUGUAUAUCCGGCCCAGCUGUAUCCACCGACGCAAGUUUGACCCCAAGGGAAAUGAAAUCGAGCCCAACUUCAGCGCCACCAGGAAGGUGAACACAGGCUUCCUCAUGUCAUCUUACAAGACAGAAGCCAAGGGAGAUACCGACAGGCUCACGGUGGAGGUGCUGAAGGACCUGGUAAACAAGCCAGAGCUGCUGGAGCUGACGGAGAGCCUCACCCCAGACCAGACAGUGGCAUUCUGGAUGCCUGAGUCAGAGAUGGAGGUCAUGGAACUUGAGCUGGGGACUGGUGUGCGGUUAAAAACUCGGGGUGACGGCCCCUUUAUAGAUUCCUUAGCCAAACUGGAGCUGGGGACAGUGACCAAGUGUAAUUUUGCCGGUGAUGGAAAGACAGGGGCAUCCUGGACAGAUAACAUCAUGGCCCAGAAGUUUUCAGAGAGGGACACCGCGGAGAUCCGAGAGCAAGGAGAUGGGGCAGAGGAUGAGGAAUGGGAUGACUGAGGUGCCUCCUUCAUCUACCAGCAUCUGAGAUGGUGUCAUUGAGAAGUGGCCAAAUCCGACCUCCACCCUGGAGAGAGCAGUCUUGUCAAGCCGAAUACCAUUUAACAUGUUCUGCUGAGAUCAAAUCCAAGACCUCAAGACUCACAGAGGGUCUCCAGGCUGUGGCUUUUGUAUGGGUGUGUUUCUGUUUGGACGCAAGGCUAGCUUUCCUAGACAUUUUCCCCGGCAUUCCUUUCCCUAGGUGGUAGACACGUACUAGAUGAGCCUUCCAAGGCACAGUCCUGAUGCACAAUUAAGGAAUGUCCCUGUCUGAGACAGAGGGGCUCUGGGGCGGGGAGUGAGCAGGCUCCUCCCAUUCUUACUGUUUUCUCCUUUCUUUCCUUUCUGUCCUGUGCCCAGCCUUCUUGUUGUGCAUCUCUGUUCUCUUCCUCGGUCUGUUCUUCCCCACCCCACACCCAAGAUACUACUUCUUUAUUUCUGUUCCCCACCCCACACC